AUGGGCGAGGCCUCUCGCUUGCCAGGCGGCUUGCGUUGGGGCUGCUGGGCAUCAAUAUCAUCCAUCAUCGUGUAUCUCCUCCUGCUCCAACAGCUGGUGGACCUAUCCACCGCUAUCGACUACCGCGUGGAGUACACGCAAGUGCGCCUCUCGCAGGACUGCAAAUUCUUGGACACAGACAACGACGAGGAGUGGGCAAUCACGCUCAACGUGGCGGGCCAGAAGAAGUGCUUGGUCUUCUACACCGACAACACGAUGCCUUUCGCCAGCCCCAUCGACCCCAACCGACCCCUCUGGGAAGCUGAGUUCUCCGCCUCGGCGGGCCAGACCUUUCGCCUGGGCUUCGAGGCCUGGGAGAAGCAGGCGGGUGGCCCCAUGUGCGUGUUCGAGAAUGGCGACAAUCGCAACAACUACCUCCGCUGGGAAGAGCCGCUCACCAACCUGAGCCAGCUGGCUCCCAACGAGCAGCGGCCAUUCUCGGCCAGCAGAGUGUUUACGCAGGCCGGCAACCCCUGCACUGUCACCAUCCUCGGCUCCGUUGCCCGCAAGCCAUCGCCGGGUGCCCCGCGUAUCGUCAACGCGACCAUCGAGGUCGUGUCGGGGGGCGUCUCGCCUCUGAAGCUCACCGUGCACGGCUACGACCUCAACCCCGAGCCCGUCGAGGCGCCCGUGCUGCAGGUCACCGGACUCAAUGCCGAGUGCAUCGCCAGCACGCUCACGACCUCUGACACGCAACUGACGUGCCUGCUGACGAGGCUGGCGUCUGCCGAGGUGUCGCAGCUGCAGAUGGCGCAGGUGCAGGUGCAGACUCGCCUGGGCAUGUCCCGCACGGCCUCGGCGGCCUUCCCCACGUGCCAGCCCGACUGCGAGAACGGUGGCGCCUGCUGGUGGUCGAGGGACUUUGCCAUCGUCGAGUGCGUGUGUUCGCCCAACUACUACGGCCCCGCCUGCCAAUACCGCUAUCCGGACGAUGAGCCCAUCCUGGCCGGCAUUGCGCCGAUGGGCGCCGAUUUUUCGCUCAACGCCAUCCAGCCGACCGUGAUCGCCGUCUCGGGUCGCAUCUGGGCCGCCGAUGUGCCCGACACGACCGUCAAGUCCGAGAACUGCGUCAUCUCUCGAGCCAAGACUUCCCUCGAGCUGAACGCGCAGGGCAACACGAUCAGCGACGGUGCGCUCGCGCUCGAGGUGUGGCGAGGCCCGGUGACGCCCUACGACCUCCGAGCCAUCGCGCAGGCCGACUCGCUCCAGAUCAGCGGCCUGUGCAUCAUCCCGAAGGGCGUGCUGGCCUUUGCCGAGGAGAACGACGACACGCUCACGAGCCAGCUCACGGUGUCGAUCGAGUGGGCGCGCAAGUUCAGCAACGACACGCGCGAGUCACGCGACCGGCUCACCUUCCAGCUCUACGGCCCGCUCCACCUGCCCAGCUCGAUCGUGGCGGCCAAGGCCAACGAGGCCGACGGCGAGAUGCGCGUGUUGCGCGAGCAGAGCGUGCGCGUGAGCUUCUGCGACGCGCAGGGCCGGCCGCGCCUGGGCGGCGACGACUCGGACGGGUUCGACCUGGCCUUUGUCGACGGGCCGGCGCUGCAGCCGCAGCUGGGCAUCCGCGGCGGCGUGGCGCGGUCGUUCUCCUACAGCGACUGCCUGGUCAACUCGCGCAACCCCGAGUGCGCCUACUUCGAGUACAAGCUCUCGUUCGACCUGGCCGGCACCUACCGCGCCCACGUGCUCUACUUCCAGCCCACGGCGCUGGUCUUCGUGGGCAGCCAGCUGGAGCUCGAGGUCAAGGGCCUGGGCGAGGUCACGGUGCCUGUGCCCGAGUUGCCCGAGUCGAGCAUCUCGUGGGCCGACCACCUGACCAACCGCGACACUCUCGCUUCCUUUGACACUGCCCUCGCCCAAACCCUUUCGCCGAAUACGGGAGCGGCCGACCGGCUGAACGUGCUGGACACGCUGUUGGAUGGCCUCCAAGGCCGCUGGUUCAUGGAGCGCGAGACCGUGAGUCUGGCCAUCGAGUCGGGCCUGUCGCGCGUGGACAUGGGCUCCUUGCACGUCGGGUCGUCUUCGGAGCCCUUCUUCUGCGACGCUCACACUGACGAGCUCGAUGGCGGGCGGAUCGAGAGAUCGUUGAAGCCUUGGCAGAGCCUGGGCAACGUGCCCAACAAUUUCGUGCUCUCGCGCAUGGCCCUCUCGCCGGUGGACUGCCUGACGUCCAUCUCCGUCAAGGUGGCCGUCGCGCACAGUCUGCCCCAGCAUGUCCGGAUCAGCCUGACGCGCACCGGACCGGCCAGCAACGAUCCGCGCGCCAAGAACCACACCGCGACCGUCGUCAUCAAGCCCUUUGGCGACGAUACGAUGAAGAGCGGCAGCCUGACGGAGUGGACGGGCGAGACGGUGCGCGAGCUGGCGGCCAACUUCGUGGGCCGGCCGGCGCUGGCCGAGUGGGUGCUCUCCGUGGAGCAGGCGGACGGCACCGGCUACGUGCGGGACUGGUGGCUCGACGUCACCACCCGCAGCUGCCUCGAGGCUCCCCAGGAGAUUUGCGGGUUUGGCGGCGGAGAGAUGUAUGGGCGUGCCGACAACGUCAACGACACGGUGCGCCUGGAGUGCCCGGCCGGAGGUAUGAUCUCCGACAUCGUGUUGGCGCGCUAUGGCCGCAUCGAGGGCUACUGCGAAGGCGAUCUCAAGAACAUCGUCGUGCACGGCGACUGUGAGGCCGACGCCGAGAAGGUCAAGCAACGCGUGGCGGCGUUGUGCGUGGGCGGCGCCUCGUGCGAGCUCACGGCGACGGACAUCGGCGUGCUGGGCGAGGAGUACCUGUGUGCCGACGAACAGCCCCAGUGCCUCGACGGCGACGACGUCACCCGGCGGCGCCAGCGGCAGCCGCAUGAGAAGAAGGUCGCCGGCGGGGAACACGAGCACGACUACGCGCGGCCGCGGCCGUACCCGGGCACGGAGGACUACCACCUGCGCGCCACCACGGUGCGCCAUGCCACGGCGCCCUUCUUCCGACAGCGCCCGGGCGCCCGCAAGGCGGUGUGGGGCGCGUGGAAUCCAUGGACUACUACGGAUGCUGUCACUCCUGUGAACGCGGUGGAGCCCGACGUGGUCGAUCCGUGCGAGAACGACAACGUAGCGCCGACGCCGCCCCCCAAGCGAGCGCUCAUGGUCAAGGCCCGCUGUAGCGAUAGCAAGGCGUUGGCUAAGUUCGAGGACCCGGAGCCGAGCGAGAAGAAGAUGCUCAUGGCGAGCGUGACCGCCGACUUGGACAACGACUGGAAGGACGAGACCAUCACCAUGUUCGCCUACGAAGGCGGACCCCUCCACGUGGCCUUCACCUACGUCGGCAGCAAUGCCUUCCAGCCCGCUACCUUCGUCGUGCGUAACUUGGUGGUGGGCCAAGGUGGUGUACCGGCCGUGGUGGGCGCCCAGCUCGAGCUGCAGGUGGGCGACUUCAACAACGACGGCUACCCGGAGCUCAUCCUGGGCUACAUCGACCACAAGUCCGGCCAGCUGCGGCUCUUCCAGUGGGACCUGCGCAUCGAGGACACCAGCGUGUGGCCCGCCGGCAUGGUCAAGCCCAACCGGGCCGAUCUGUCGCCGUGCGGCUGCUUCGACAGUGAGUCCGUGCUGCGGCACCUCUUCGCCCUGGCCAUAUCCAUCACCGUGCCGGACGCGCCCACCUACGACCUUACCGCGCCGCCGACCGCGAGCUCGACGCGCGUGGACUCGCCCGGCUUCUCCUACGCGCUCGCCGUUGGCGACAUCGGCCUCGGCUUCGACGUCCUGGUGGCGUCGUGGAUCGCAGGCGAGCACACGGUGGUAUGGGGCGUGUUCCAACAGACGGGCUCCGGGCUGGCCCUGGCGGGCGAUGUGAUGACCCUGCGGGACGUCGACCAGGCCCACGCGGUGAGCCUCGCGCUGGGCGACUUCGAGGGCACCGGCUCGCGCGAGCUGGCCCUGGGCAUCGUGGACUGGAACACCAUCUCGGUCUACUUCUACACCAUCGACCAGACGGUGAGCUCCUUCCCGAUGACCAUGGCCAAGCUGCUCAACGUCGCCGAGGACUCGUGGAUGCUCAACUCCAACGUCAACUUGCGGCUGGUGGCGGGUGAUCUCAACGACGACCUCGACGACGAGCUCGUGGUGGGCUUCACGCUGGGCGCCGAGGCCUACCUCUUCCAGGUCGAUGCCCUCACGUGCGGCCAGGCCAAGUGCAUGGAGCUCGUGGGCUCCUCGGGCUACGCGGUGCCCACUGGGCGAGUGCCCACCACGACCACCACCCGCAGUCCCGAGCUGAAGCUCGCCAUCGGCAACGUGGACGAGAGCAGCACCAACGAGCUGGUCGUGGCAGUCGAGUACACGUCGACGACCGACCAGUCGGUGCACAAGGUCAUGCUGGUGAGCCUCACGGCCCAGUCCGACUCCAACCAGCCCUUCCUCAUCAACGGGCGGCACUGCUAUGCGGGGCCGGCGUACCGCGAGAGCGAGGACGAGCAGGAGGUGACGGUCAACAACAUGGCCCUGAGCGUGGGCAACCUGUACGGCCUGGGCUACCGCGUGGGCGAGCCCACGAUGGUGCGGUUCGAGAGCGUGCCGGAGCUGCUCGCCGUGAUCAACGCGCCGCCCACGCACUACGACGUGCUCGAGGGCGAGGAGAUCGCCGUUAACCAGCGCACCCUGCGGGGCUACGGGUCCUUCACCAAGCUCACAAACGCGGACGGCGUCACGUCGUCCUUCGAGAUCACGCGCGACACCGUAGCCAUUGAAAGCACCGCCUCGGGCAACGCGCUGGACGGCAAGUUGGCUGUAGUGGUGGGCAAGCUGCACCAGAGUGCGUCGGCGCUCAAGAAGAAUGCCGUGGCCGACGGGCGUGACGUGAUGGAGCGCCUCACAGUGUCGCGCGAGCUGACGGCGUCGGGCGACGACGCGGUGCUCUACAUCUCGACCACGCGCGACCAGUGGAAGUUCCCCAUCGUCGACCAGACCGGGGCGCCGGUCGGGGCGCUCGACGUGUGGCUGUCGUCGAGCUGCGGCGUCGAAUGCGUGCAGGUGGCCGACGGGCGCGACCUGUGGUGGUUUGCGCCCGAUCACGAGCCCUUCAACGUGCUCACCUACUCAUCGCGCUCGCCGACCGACUUUGUGCCGUCGAACCGCGUCAUGGUGGGCGACCGCGUCACGCUCGGCCCCAACGAUCACACCCAGGUCGUGGGCCAGCACUCGGGCCGCUCGCAGAGCAAGGCCACGCUUGACCACCAGACGUCGACGCGCAACCGCGCCACGGCGGUGGGGAUCGACGUCAACUACGAGUUCAUGUUCUCGCAGGCCUUCCUGGGCCUGGGUCCCAACCACAAGCUGCCGCUCGGGAUCAGCGUCAACGCCAUGGAGAGCGAGGACCACGAGACGGCCGACGAGGAGGCCACGUCGCGCAAGGCCAGCGCGGCGAUCGAGCGCGACGUGUCGGUGCAGGCCUACCUGGAGCCCAUCAACCCCGAGUUCGCCUACCGCGUGCAGCCGUUCGUGUGGCUGGCGCGCACGGCCGACGGGCACGAGUACCUCAAGGUGGAGUACACGGCCGAGCCGGGCUACCACCCGGGCGUGGCCACCUGGUGGCAGCGCACCUACAACCGGCCGGACCCGGCCUUCAACCUGCCCUGGUGGUGGGCGGCGACCUACAAGCGCGACCGCACGAUGCUCACCAAGGAGCUGGUGGCCACGCCGCAGUUCCCCACCGUGGGCGAGCUGGUGCACGUGACGGCGACGGUGCGCAACAAGGCCCUGGUGUCGGCGGCGCAAGUGGACGUGUCGUUCUGGCGCGGCAACCCCGACAACUGCUUUGACCUCGAGUGCCUCACCAUCGGCCACACCCUCAUUGGGUCGGCGACGAUCGACUUCAUUCCGGCGCAGGGCAAGCGCGAGGUGUCGUUCCUGAUGCGGUACGACGGGGUGCAGAACAUCCACGUGACGCUGGACGACAACGAGCAGCUCGACGAGAUGCACGAGGACAACAACCACGCCUAUGCGCUCCUGUUCCACAACGUGCGCGAGGGCGGCUACACGCUGCAGACCCUGCGCCUCGGGCGCACCGACGCGGCGCAAGCGCUCAUCGACGUGAGGCCGCGCACGAACGCCGAUGGCAGCUUCGCCGGCGGCUACACGGUGAGCGCCACCGUGCUGGGCGACACCUUCACGCGGCAGAACCUGGUGGCCCAGUUCUGGCACGGGGCCGUCGGCGGCGGCGGGCGCCUCAUCGCCACCGUCGCGGUGCCGCUGCUCGAGGGCUCGGUCGCGUCGACCAGCACCUACGGCCUCAGCGCCUACUGGCACACGGCCAGUCCGGACCUGCACGGGCACGAGCAGGAGCUGCACGCGGUGCUGCUCCACUCGGGCUUCGACCCGACGCCGGCCAACAUCAUCUCGCACGUGUCGCGGCGCGUGUCGGUGGCGUGCUACGGCGAGAUCGACCUGUGCGGCGUGUGCGGCGGGUUCAACCGCUCGUGCGCCGGGUGCGACGGCGAGCCCCACUCGGGCGUCGUGGUGGACGCGUGCGGUGUGUGCGGCGGCGACAACUCGACCUGCUGCGUGCCGCGGCCCGGCCAGGCCAAGCUCCACCGCGUGCGGCUGACCUCCGACGCGCUCGCCGGCGCCGGCGCCGGCGACGACCCGUUGGUGAAGCGCGUGCAGGUGGGCGAGCUGGUGGUGUGGGAGAACCUGCUCGACUGGGACGUCGAGAUCGUGGCCGGCCUGCAGGACUUGGGGUCGUACGACCACCUGGCGGCGGCCUUCAACCUGUCGGCCCUGCGCGACCACGACCAGUCCAUCCCUCUCCAGCUACCCCUCGCCGCCCAAGACUUAUCUCAGUUCAUUCAGAAAUAUGUUUCGAUGCUGGCGGUGAAGGACCACGUGGACAGCGCGCCCAGUGAUGACGAGAUCAAGAUCCCGCAGCCUGACUCCACUACCAAGCGCAUCACGAGUGCCAGUGACUUCGUGCCGGUCGCGCCGGUCAAGCGCGAGGCCGAGACCACCGACGAUCUAUUUGCCGAAGAUUACAAUAAUUUCGAGUUCGAUUUCGACGGCGACGAGGUGCGCGAGUUUGCGAUGAGAGACGUCUGCUGCGCCCCGGCCGACGACGAGUGGCACGAGGCGCGUGACAUGGACGACGCCGACAUCCACGACGACGACCACCACCACGAGCCAACAGCUGGACGGUCACUGCGGUCGCAGGUGCUGUCCAUGCUCAAGGACCACAAGCGCAAGCUCGCCCGCCUGCGCUCCGUCGUCAACGCCACCGGCAUCCUCAAUCCGGGCAUCGAUCAGGCAAUCACCCGGCUCCGCUCGGAGGCCACGGCGUCGACCUUUUUCGUCGACCCCGCCCCGGGCACGCCCAGGCUGCCCAUCCGCUGCCUCUGCCCGCCUACCACCACCCGCCAGCGCCGCACCAGCCUGGGCUCCCUCAACGACCUCUACGGCCGGUUCGCCUACUCUGACCUCGCCGGCCGAUCGGAGGGCAACGCGUCGGUGCUGGCGCCGGGCGGCGCGAGCAUGCCGCAUCGGUUCUUCACGCCGGGCGUCUACCUGUGGCACGACGCGCGCCACCCGGCCGUACACGGCGCGAUCGUGGUGGAGCCCUCGAGCUACGCGCCGGACGCGUGCGGCGUGUGCGGCGGCGACGGCUCGGGCUGCAAAGACUGCGCGGGGGUGGAGAACGGCGCGGCCGCGCUGGACGAGUGCGGCCAGUGCGCGGGCGGCACCACCGGCCGCGCGCCCGGAGCGGCCAAGGACUGCGCCGGGGCGUGCUUUGGCGACGCCCGCGUCGGCGACUGCGACGUGUGCGAGGGCGGCACGAGCGGCGUGCCCGUUGUACUCAAGCGCAAGGACUGCUACGGCGUGUGCUUCGGCACGGCGGUCACCGACAGCUGCGGUGUGUGCGCGGGCGGCAUCACCAACAUCCCGAUCGACGCGGACCGCGACUGUGCGGGCGACUGCUUCGGCCAGGCCUACGUCAACCGCUGCGGCUACUGCGUCGGGGGCACGUUGGACCUGCCCACCACGACCGGCGCGGACUGCUUCGGCGUGUGCGGCGGCCCGGCGACCUACGACUGCGCCGGCACAUGCAACGGCACCGCCACCUUGGGACCCGACUUCCGCUGCAUCGGCGGCAGCACCGGUUUCGAUGUUCCGCAGCCGCAAAAGCGUAUGGUGACGGAGGAUGAAGGCCUAUGCACGGCGGGAGUGGUGGACGCGCGCGGGCUCUGCUGCGCGGCGGAGGAGCUCGACUGCGCCGGCAUGUGCUUCGGGUCGGCCACGCUGGACUGCGACGUGUGCGUGGGGGGCGCGUCGGGGGUGGAUCCGAUCGCGGUGCGCGACUGCGCCGGCACGUGCAACGGCACCGCACGCAUCAACCCGUGCGGCGUGUGCGCCCUGCCAGAGCACUUCGCGGCCGGCCCCGACUACUGGGUCGACUGCGCCGGCUCGUGCAACGGCUCGGCCGUGCUCGACAACUGCGGCGUCUGCGUGGGCGGCUACUCCCGCGUGCCCCUGUAUCGGGCCAACAUGAGCAGGGACUGCCAGGGCACGUGCUUUGGAAAUGCAACGCUCGACGCGUGCGGCGUGUGUUAUGUGGAGGGCGACGGUCACGUGCCUGACUCAGACAUGGACUGCGCGGGCGUGUGCGGCGGCGAGGCCGUGGUCGACGAGUGCGGUCAGUGCGUGAUGGGCACCUCCGGACGCGCGUUCAACGCUGACAAGGACUGCGCCGGCCAGUGCUUCGGCAAACGCUCCGCCUCCGAUCCGUCGUGCACGUGUGCGCCGGGCGAGCUCGACGCGUGCUUUGUGUGCGGUGGCGACAACUCGUCGUGCCGCGGGUGCGACGGCGUGCUCCACUCGGGCCUGACGCGCGAUCUCUGCGGCGUGUGCGGCGGCAACAGCUCCGCCUGCUGCUUCCUGCCCUUUGCCCAGGUCCACGUCAUCGUGCGCGGGUUCGAGACCCUCCCGCCGCACCGCACCCUGGACGCCGGCGAGACCCUCGUCCUCACCAACCUCCACGCCGGUCGCGCCUACACCUUUGUCCUCGUGCGCCUCGUCGACCACACCAUCGAGCAGCGCUUCGCCCCGCUCGAGCCCGGCCGCACCCUGCACAUCGAGAUCGCCGCCCCCGGCGAGUACGCGCUCACCGCGCUCGACCCCAACUCCACCUCGACCAGCACCACCACCAGCACCACCUCGACCACCACCACCACCACACUGAGUGCGUUGGCCACGGUGCGGCUGACCGUGCGCUACAACUCCAAGCGGCGCGACGCCUGCGAUCACUGCGUCUACGCCGACGCCGACGUCGGCGCCGAGGACUCAUCGGUCGAGGCGACGCAGCGGCGGCGCGAGCUGGUGGCCUACACGCGGUGCUGCGAGGCUAUGGGGUCGGACAACGUCCACGCCUGGUACGCCAACACCCACCUGGUCGACCCGGUCGACCCCACUGUGGCCCACACGACCGUCGAGCGCACGGGCCACUACCGCAGCGCGCCCACGCGCCACCUCCUGCGCCUCGUCGCCCCGCAGACCAUCGACGCCGACCACUGGAACGCUGCGGCUGGCCAGCGGCUGGCGGUGGGCGACGUCAUAGUAAUGGAGAACCGCGACCUGCUCGACCACGUGAUCUCGAUUGAUGGGCCGCAGCCGGUGCCCGACGUGGUGCUGGAUCGGGGCACGAGCGUGGUGGUCGGGCCGCUGCUCACGCCGGGCACCUACCAAGUGAUAUCGGUCGGCCGCAACCUGGUCAACACGAGCUUCACGAUCGAGUUCGCCUUUGCCUGCGUGGUCCACGCCCCGAUGCCCGCGCCCGCGCAGCUGUCGCCCACCAUGAUAAGUGGUGCGUCGCUGCUGGGGCUUCCAUCGGUGGUCGCAGCAGGCCUGGUCGUGUUGGUCGUGGGAUUGGCGUGGGGACUGGUGGCCUUCGUCAAGUCUCGGCGGAUGGCGCAGCAGCCCGUCUCCGUGUGA